AUGUCGCGUCCGGUAGUGAAAGUGACAAGGCUUCCAAGGUCUUUCACAAAGAAUAAAGAUGGCACACUACUAACUGAUCCGAAGUUAGUGAGACAAAGAUGGAAAGAGUAUAUUGAAGAGCUGUACGACAAAGAUGGUAAGCCCACAGAGGAAGAGAUAGAUUUAGAAAGCGAAAUGGAUGUGGAAGUAGAUAACGUAGGCCCUGGAAUUCUGGAAGACGAAAUUGAAGCAGCGAUAAGACAAAUGAAAGACAAGAAAGCAAAAGGAAUUGAUGAAAUACCGGCAGAACUGUUGAAGAAACUUGAAGGUAGUGCUAAAAAGGAAUUGAUACGAAUAUAUCAGGAUAUGUAUGAAAAAGGUGAAUGGCCAAGAGAUUUCACCAAAGCACUAAUUGUCACGAUGGAGCAAAAGCCAAAUGCAACAGAAUGUGCUGAUCACAGAACGCUUAGCCUGAUUCCGCAUGCUUCGAAGAUAAUGCUGAAAGUGCUGGCAAAACGAUUCGAAGCCAAAACACAAUAUUUCAUUGGUAAAACACAGUUCGGUUUCAGAAGAGGAUACGGAACGAAAGAGGCAGUAGGCGUCAUGCGAAUGCUCUACGAGAGAUGCUUGGAACACGGCUUGGAUGUUUUUAUAUGUUUCGUGGACUUUGAGCCAGCCUUUGAUAGAGUAAACUGGAAGAAACUGAUGGCAAUAUUGAAGAAGAUUGGAGUUGAUUGGAAAGAUCGAAGGCUCAUCAAGAAUUUGUACCUAAAUCAAGAAGCUAUUGUAAGAGUGGCAGACAGAAUGUCAGAACUUACUACACUGUUUCCUAAUUCUAGUAACCGUAUGUGAAAAACUAUUAUCUGAACUUUGACCACCUGCUGACUGAUCAUCAUAGGAAUGAUAUAGAGGUGUAGCAAGAUCUUUUGAUGCAGCAUGUU